UAUGGCCGAUAUAUGAUAUAUAUAUACAGAAGCCCUGAUUAUAAUCUGCGGUUUUCAAGCUUUUAAAUUGGAUAACAAAAGCCUUCGGUUGAUCAAAAGUUAUAUAAUUUAUGUGGGGUUCAGAUUAAGGUCGUUUUGCGGACUUUAAGCAUGUAGAACAAAUCUUUAAUAAAAACGAGUUUCCAAAAUAAACAACCUUCUUUAAUGUUCUACUGAAAUCUGUCUGGUGUAAUUAAGGCACUUGGGACACACCUUUUUGGAAAACUUCAGCGUCAUCAUGAUUGUUUAGCAGGUUCAUAAAAGAUACACAACAACUAACCAAACUUAUUUAAAUUGCGCUUAGCCAAGCAGCAGCAAAGUGCUUAACCAGGCCAGGCCGGCCAGCUGCUGGAACUUUCACUCAGGCCCGAAAGUAAUGUCAAAACGCUUUCCCAACGGGCGGUUCCUCAGUCAACGCUGGCAACUGAUCGCGCGAGCAAUGGAGAAGUCGCCUCUAAAGUUUCCCCACGAAAUUCGCGAUGUGGAGGAGUCAACCAAUGCUGAACUCUUAGACUUCUUUCAUGGUGAGCGGACUGGCUUCGUUCAGGUAGGAUCGGAGGGAUAUUUCUUUCCACACAAGUACAAGGAAGAGGCCGAAAAGUAUUACAACUUCGAGGCAAGACCAGAUGAUAUUUGGAUAGCAACAGUGCCCAGAUCAGGUACCACUUGGACGCAAGAGCUCAUUUGGCUAGUGGCCAAUGGGUUGGAUUUUGAGCAGGCUCAACAGCGUCCACUUACCGAACGCUUUCCAUUUUUGGAAUUUCCAUUGUUCGUGCAUCCCAAGAUCAAGGAGCAACUGCAGGAGGAGAACAGAGAUUCAUCUGAAGCCCUGGAUUUCAUUGAGAAGAUUUCUCGGCCGGGAUACGAGACGCUCAGAGAGUUGCCCCGUUCCCAACGCCGUUUUAUCAAAACCCAUUUUCCUUUUUCUCUGAUUCCACCCAGUGUAAUGGAAAAUAAGUGCAAGGUAAUCUAUGUUGUCCGCGAUCCCAAAGAUGUGGCGGUUUCCUAUUACCACUUAAACAGGCUCUUCCGCACUCAGGGCUACGUAGGGGAUUUCGAGCGAUACUGGCGUUACUUUCAAGAAGGAUUAAAUCCCUGGCUGCCUUAUUAUAGUCAUGUUAAGGAGGCUCGCCAGCAUGCCGAUUUGCCACAUGUACUCUUUCUGCGCUACGAAGACAUGUUGGCGGAUCUGCCUUGCACGAUUAAUACCAUAGGAAACUUCCUAGAAUGUCCGCCAAAGCCUGAGGACUUGGAAAAGCUACUGGAACAUCUCAGCAUCAAAAGUUUUCGGGAUAACAAAUCUGUAAAUAUGCAUGAAAUGGCCUCCAUCGGGAUCCUUAACAAAGGAGAAGCAGGAUUCGUGCGCAGUGGUGCCAAAACUGAAUUUCAACCGCAAAAGGAAUUUGCUGAGAAUCCCAAGGUAUUGAAGAGCGCCAACGACUGGGUGGAACAAAAUGUGAAAUGCUUUAAGACCAUAUAAAAUACCUGACUUUGUUGGCUAA